GACUCUCCAAGCGCGCUCACGAUAAUAUGCAGGAGAGACAGGCGCGUUCUCGCGGAACAGUCACGGAUUUCUCCAGUGGGUCGCCGGUUCUUGGGUCACAGCGGGUAAAGGCGCUGACCGCCUGAGAUGACUCAACAUAAAGUUUUAUUAAACUACAGAUUUGCCUGUCGGUCUGUGCUGUAACCAGACAAAGGUAGCAGACUGUACUUUCAAAGCACAAGAUGUGAACAUCUGAGUAGAUGAUGGGAAGGACGGAUCACGCAGAGCUCCUGCUGAGUGUUGGGAAUUAACUGGAAACAGAAGUACAGCUUCCACUGCGAGUGCCAUAAUGGCCAGUCUUGUUCUUAAUGAGACGGGGAUGGAGAACUGUGGCAUCGAUGACUCCUUCAAGUACAACCUGUACGGCGUGGUGUACAGUGUCGCGUUUGUUCUGGGUCUGGCCACUAACUGCGCUUCACUGUUCGUCUUCUGCUGUCGCAUGAAAUUGCGUAACGAGACCACACUUUUCAUGACCAAUCUAGCUUUAUCAGACUUAGUGUUUGUGUUUACUCUCCCUUUCAAAAUCUUUUAUAACGUGAAUCGCCACUGGCCUUUCGGCGACACGUUGUGCAAGAUCUCCGGAGGAGCCUUCAUCACCAAUAUCUACGGCAGUAUGCUGUUCCUCACGUGCAUCAGCGUGGAUCGCUUCCUGGCUAUCGUUUACCCCUUCCGCUCUCUCUCCAUCCGUACCCGCCGCAACGCCGGCAUCGUGUGUGGCACCAUCUGGUUGCUGAUCCUGGGUGGAGGCAUGUCAGUCACCUUCUUCUCUGCCACCAACCAGUCCAAAACUAGCACCACCUGCUUCGAGGGAUUCUCCAAGAAAACGUGGAAGACACAUUUGUCCAAGAUCACCAUCUUCAUUGAAGUGGUGGGUUUCCUCAUACCGUUGAUGAUCAAUCUAGCCUGCUCUUCCAUGGUGCUGAGGACUUUGCGUAGACCUGCUACUCUGUGUCAGAUCGGCACCAACAAGCAGCGCGUUCUGCGCAUGAUCGUAGUGCAUUUGGCCAUUUUUAUUGUUUGCUUUGUACCUUACAACUCUGUUCUGUUUGUCUAUGCCAUGGUGCGCACUCGAGCGCUCGUGAGCUGCUGGGUGGAGAGGCUCGCACGGACCCUGUAUCCCAUAACGCUUUGCGUCGCGACCUUCAACUGCUGCUUUGACCCGGUGGUCUACUACUUUACCUCAGAGUCCUUUCAGAAAUCACUGACUACCGGGAAGUGUCAGGCCAUGCAGGAAAACACACUGAGGAGUGAUUGCCCUGUGUCUGCCAGGGAGAAUACUGACACGGUUGAGCUCCACACGCUGGCCAGCAAUGGGAAAGAUCAGGGCAGUGAGACUCCGUUCUGAAGAGCAUACAUCGUUCCAGUACUAGAGUCAGAAGAAGACCUGUGAAUUACUUGUCUGAAGAAAAUGACUUUUUCCACUGAAACCUGUGCAUGAAACAUCUAUUUGUGUUUACACAGGUGUACCAGUGUGUCAUUUAUCACUGUAUUUGAUCAAUAAGUACCAUACCAUAUACAUUUGUAUUGUACCGUAUUGUAUUUUUACCCAGUCAAAGCACCUUCUGAAAGUUUUGCUACAGAUCAGUGUUAAUGACUUGUUUGAAUGUUUGUGUAAAUUUUGCUCUCUCAAUCUGCAAAAUUUGGUUUGCCUUUUACUGAAAACAAUAAUGGUAAGCAAUUAAAUGAUAAAUUGCAAACACUUACUUAAAUGUACUUAACACUAUAAGCACACAAUCCCAUUAGGUGGAAUACCUGCAAAACUAGGACAGAAAGUUACUGGUUCAAGCUACAGAAGAAGAGGUUCAUCAGCUGUAAAACUGGUGAGAAACUCCACCGCUGUGCCUAAGAACAGAAACACUUCAUCUGUAUUCAUCCGUUAUUGCAAUCCUCAGUGCUCCAGACGGCCGUGAAGUAUCCUAAAAUGUCUGUCAUUAAUCGAGGUGUUAGUAUUCAUGUAUCUGUUUAUAAACAUGUCAACAGUGUAACUAAUUUGAGAACUGACGAACCGUGACACUAACUGUGACAGCAGAAGAUGUUUACGUCAGUGUCCACUAUAACACCUGACCAAUGCAGUUUGUGUGAAUAAAGAGUGGCCAGUGAUUGUAAUAGCUGCAAGAUGCUUUUUUCGCAGAGUGCAUUAUGGGAGGACAAUUCAAAUUAUGUGGUGAUCAGCAAGAGUUAUUUUACUUAUGCAUUUUUUUUUUUUUUUUAAUGUGGUUAUUUGUGGCUUUUUCUAUGAUUAUAUUAUCUGUAAGUUACCUAUUAUUGUAUUUUAAACAUCCAGUGACUUCUCUAGUUUUACAUGGAUGGCAGGCUAGCGUAUUUUAAUCAGACAUGACAGAGUAAAUGGAUCGCCUCAGUGUUUGUUCCAGAAGCUGGGGUAUCCUUCAGAAUAAGAUGUAGAAACUUACUCUUUGAACACAACCUGAACAUAACCUGAGCAUGACACUGCAAGACAGUGAUUGAAGACAGUGUAGGAACAGGAUUUCUCAUCUCUGUUUUAGGAGAUGAUUUGAAAUGAAAUUGUCUGAGAUUCUUGAGCACAUGGUUGUGGUUGAUUUCUGUGGUUGAACUUUUCUUUCUGUUCUCAGUGCGCAGUUCUCCUCUGGUUAUGUAGUUAACUACAUUAGUUAACAAGAACUAACAAUGAAAAUACUUAUAAAGCAUUUAGGAAUGUUAAUGUUAAUGGCAACAAUUUUGA